GUCUGAACAUUGCUAAACGAGCGAGAAAAAGGUCUAUACCGUUCCGUUGGCCGAAAAACGCAUCGGCCGUCAGUUGGUUUCGAAGUUGGCAACGGUGAGCAGUGACAACGAGCGACCUAAACGCAUGCUUCGCCCAAAGCGUCGACACACAGUGAGCUGGACGGACGUGCUUUUGCGGAUACGCGUCGCAUAAAAUACUCGUACACAAGAAGUCACACGUACAAGCAAACAAAAAUAUAAUUGAAAUGUAUUUUUAAGUUGAAGUGUUUAAAAAGCCCGAUUGAAGCUGCUUCAAGAAACCCCAAACAUUUUUCGCUUAAGAGCACAGCAAAAUUUCUUAUUUGUAUUCAAUUGUAAAUUUGACGAAAAGCAAUUCACCUACGCAACGCUGUGUGCGUGUUUCAAAUCUGUAAUUUUCCUUUAGUAAUUGAAUUAAAUGGGCAAUUGCCAAGAGAAAUUGGUGUGAUUAGUGUGCGGAUAUUGUAGCAGCUGUGCGUAGAAUUGACUUAAAGCAGCAAUUAAAAGUGAACGGUCUGGCUCGAAUUUAAUCGAAGUGAAGUAAAAUUUGUAAACUAUUUUGCCUUCACACACCAAGUUGGUUUGAAAAGUUUAACUUGGUUUUCUUCGAAUUGGAUAUUGCUCGAUUUUGGCUGGCACGUGCGUGGAUUUAAUAAUUUAUAAAGAGCGUGCGCCAAGUGUGAACAAAACGUAAAUUGCUGCACCCGAACGGAAUAGAAAACCUGUUUUCCGUCAGCAACAUCAGAUACACAGAUGCAUAAACCACACGUAGAUAUAUCUACUACAUCUAUGUCACAAUGAAGAGUAUUAUUUCUCGCUUCUAUAGUAAUUAUGGCUUUAGUUUUAUUUAUGUGAUACUAGUUUAUACAACAUCCGCGCACAGUGUGCCCUCGUGUGGCUUAUAUGGAGCGCCACCAUGCCAGUUUCUACCAGCGCCGCCGGGACAAACACCAUCAUGCGCCCGACCAGGCAGAACCUACUGCGAGCACGUGGACAAUUAUCCAACUUAUCUCAUCAAGCAUCUUGUUCACAAAUGGGGUUAUGAGGCUAAAAAUUUGCUCGUCGAUGAGUCAUGGGAUGAGUUCUCUGCAUUGACGUGGCACGAGACGCCCGUCUUCUAUGAUCCAGCAUUUAUUUUUUCACCCCAGAGACCGUAUAAUGGCGGCGGAAACGGAGGACUUGGUAGCGGCGACGGCUUUAAUGGCUACAAAUACGGUACUCCAGGCAAUGGUGGCGGCAAUGCAGGUGGAGUUACAGUGGGACCAACCAGCAGUAGUGACAAUACGUUCAUCAUCACAAAAUCACAAACUACAGAGACCCCUACCUUUCUGUUCUACACCUCCGCUGGCCAGCAUCUGAACAAAAAUCAAGUGAGCAACUAUAAUUUAGGUGGAAACGGUGGAGCGCCCGGCAGUGGACACAAGGUUUCAUCAGACAGUCCAUCCUAUUGGCUAAAGCGCAUUUCACGCAAUGUCGACGGUGUGGUAGGCGUAGAAGUAGGCGGUAAUUUUACCGCGGCAUUGACAUCAUUCGACACAGAUUCGGCAUCAGCGACGGCUAGCCGUGCGAAACGCAGCAUUUCUUCAUCCUCCCAAAGCACUUCAUUUUCAUCGAAACUGUCUCGCGACGUUUCACUCAAUAUGGAUCUCUUGGAUAUCAUUGGCGCUAACAAAGGCCCAAAAACGCGCACCAAACGGCAAAGCUCCGGCCGUGAGACGCUUUGCAAGACCACCUCUCAAUUUAUUACUCCACAAGCAGCACUCAAUAACAAAGGAAAUUGGAUGUUUGUGGUGAAUGAGCCAAGUACAGCGCGGCAAAUGGUGAAAGCAGAAUUGUGCGCAUCAAACACCUGCUCGAAUCUCUGCCAACUGCCCAACGGUUAUAACUCCAGAUGCGAACAGAAAUAUGUACAGAAACGACUGAUUGCAUUGCAGGCCAACGGCCAGAAUCUCUACACAGACUCAUUUUGGUUUCCGAGCUGCUGCGUUUGUACGAUAGCUGCGAAUUGAGCGAAGUAAGGAAUUGGAUGCGUUGGAUGAAUUUGCAAGUGACUGGCGACGAGAUAGUGAAUAGGCAUGCAAUUAAAUCCAAAAUUUGUAUGCAAUAAUUUUAUUUAUUGAUUAAAUAAUUAAUUUAUGGAGACUCAAGUAGUUUAAAUCGAAUUUGUAAACAAUAAAAAAAAGUGCGAAAACUCCACAUCAUGAAACAUUAAAACAUUUUCAACGAUCUGUAGCAUCAAAUAAUUCUUGGAAACAAAGUGAAAAAACUUCCUAAUUUUAAAGCAAAUGAAUGUUAAAAAUAUGUAUCAUAUUAAUGUCAAUUUAUUAAAAAGAACCAGAUGCAUAAAUGAAUAUAAAAUUGAAAGGAGAGU